AUGCCCACCCGGCCGUCGUCGUGCCCGCCACUCGCCGAAUCCUUUGGCUACUUCGGAUACAGCAACACUAACACAUUGGCCCUCAUACAAAAGCUAGGGUUGGCUCGCCACGACAGCCACUUCGAUAGCUCUCUGGCGCUCGGCCCUGAAGCCGCCGACGAGGUCCAUCGAAACAUGGAGCAUAUGCCUGAUCGACGGAUACUAGACUUUCUGGUGCAAUACUUUAUUAAUGAAAUCAAUUGGACGGGCCAGUUGGUACACGGUCCUUGGUUCCUAGCAAAGUACAAGAUUUGGUGCACGGCGGAAUGCAUCAAGUCCGUGCCAGACGUCGACUUUACCAUCCUGCUGCUGCGCGUCUGCUCCUACGCGCUGCAAUUCCUCCCGUCGCCGAGCUAUCCCCUCGACAAGAUCCGCGGAGUAUUGCUCGCCGACGUACGCAGCUCAUCCGACGAAACGGCCGAUAAACUUGAAGCCAUCAGCAUGGCGGCAGACGGCCGAGGCUCCUUGAUUCGAGUCCAGCAAUUGGCAUUCGUCGGGCUCAAGUGCCAGAUUGAAGGCAAGAUAGACACUUUCUGGGAAGUGCUGGGCCGCGCCAUCCGGGUCGCGCAGAGCGUCGGUAUACACAGCGAAGCCGCAAGGUCCCGGAAGGGCAUGGACAAGACCGACCAGGAGAUGGAACGCAGAACGUUCUGCAACCUCUUCAUCUGGGACAGCCUGCUCUCCCGCCAGCUCGACCGCAUCCCUUUUCUCCACGGACGCCUGGGCCCCGAAAACUGGCCACAGUUGCAUCUGCUCAAAUGCGAAGGUGGUGGUGGAGGCACAGGAGACAGCAUAGAGUCGGACGUUGACGCGCCCGACCCCUUCGCCGAACGGCUCCUCCAAGCCCACCUGGCAGAUUUCUGGCGCAGCGUCGGUCCCGCGCAGGGCGCCGAGUACGACGUCAUGGCCGCCGAGGAACGGUAUGACAGGUUCUGCCGUGACUAUCUCUCGCAACUCCCCCCAGCCUUCGCCCUCGUGGAUCCGGACGAGACGUGGGACAAGCGGUUUCCAAAACUGCCCCUGCAACGGAAGCACCUCCACAUCGCCAUUUACGACUCGUUGUGUUGGAACUUCCGGCCACUGUUCCUGCGACAACCGUUGCCCCUGCCCUCGUACAAGUCCGUGGUCCUUCGCUCCCAGAUCAAGUCGCUGGCCGUCGCGGCGCUGCAGGUCAUGGACGGCCUCACGCAGUUACAUGCUUUGCUCGGAGGCUGCCACGCGCGCCUGGCUGGGAUUGUCUCUUCGACGUUCGAAGCAGCCGUGGUGCUCCUCUAUCUGUUGAUGGAUCCGACGUUCCCGGAGGACUGUCCCAGUCAAUAUACCCCUUCGCCAGCUGCCAUCAAGAAGGAUCCGCUGCAGGCGGCUACGCCUACGGUCACGCGGCUUGGAUGCCUACAGGCGGCGCAAAGAGCGCUGAAGCGGCUGAAAAUGCUUGCCGAGGUGAGCAAAAUGGCAGAUCUCGGAGCGAGCAUCUUGGUCCAGUUGUUCAGCAAAAUAUCAGAGACCAGUAGACGGAGAGUUACCGACACGGACGAGGUGGCCCCGAUCCAGGGGCAGGAAGUCGUGGGCGCCACAACGACAACACCACAGUCAGAGCUGGGACUGACGUCAGCCGCGAACGAGGUGUCAAGCUGGCUCCCUCGCGACCCCAUGGAUCUGCGUUCGGCGAGUGGCUUCGUGUCGAUAAGCGGGACGCUGGCCGCAGGGGAAAUGGCACCCUGGCCUUCAUUCGACGAUACGUUAAAUAUGUAUUCCCAGGAUACCGAGUAUUUCUGUGACGAAUAG